UGAAGUGGUGCACGCCCUGGUGCAGGCCGUACAUCCCGUUCUGGUGCUGCGGGGGGGCACCGUGAGCCGGGGACACCGUGAGCCGGGGACACCGUGAGCCGGGGCACCGUGAGCCGGGGGCACCGUGAGCCGGGGCACCGUGAGCCGGGGGCACCGUGAGCCGGGGCACCGUGAGCCGGGGGCACCGUGAGCCGGGGACACCGUGAGCCGGGGCACCGUGAGCCGGGGCACCGUGAGCCGGGGACACCGUGAGCCGGGGCACCGUGAGCCGGGGGCACCGUGAGCCGGGGCACCGUGAGCCGGGGACACCGUGAGCCGGGGGCACCGUGAGCCGGGGACACCGUGAGCCGGGGACACCGUGAGCCGGGGGCACCGUGAGCCCGGGGUGGGGGGCCUGACAGCUCAUCACCCCGGCCCCUCACGGCUGUUUAGCCUUCGGGGCCAGCACUCUCACUCCCCACCGCCAUGGUGCAUCAGCAGGAAAUGUGAGACGGGGAGGAGGUGCACCAAGCCCGGUGGCUUUCGCCGUCUCCUCUGCUCGCCGGGACUGCCCUGCUCCCCUGUGUGAGCACACCCCGUGGGGGAAGGGCCAGCGCAGGCCUGCUAACCGGCUGCUCUAUGGUGUAAACUCAUGGCUGUAACCACUCCGACCAGGAAGAUGCCAGCUGAUGGCAAAAGGCUCCCCCCUCAGAGGCCCGCCCACAGCGGCCUGUUGGCAGCCGGAGUGUCUGCUCAGGCCACAGGCCCCUCUAUGGAGACUCCUCCUCACGGCCUCGCCUCGGGACCACAGCGUGCACCUGCUCACCAGAGGAAGCCAUGUGGGGAGUGGGGCAUGGGAGGCAUGGCGUCUGGGAAGAGAAUGGAGCCAGCCAUGCCCUGGUCCCCCCGCCCGGCCCCGAGGGCCUGCAGCUGCCCCCCUGCCGCCCUGCGGAGGUGGCUGCCCCUCCUGGCCUGGAUGCCCCACUACUCCACGCAGUGGCUGAGGAUGGACCUCAUCGCGGGGCUCUCGGUGGCGCUCACUGUCAUCCCCCAGGCGCUGGCCUACGCGGAGGUGGCUGGACUCCCUCCCCAGUAUGGCCUCUACUCUGCCUUCGUGGGGUGCUUCGUGUACUUCUUCCUGGGCACCUCCCGCGACGUGACUCUGGGCCCCACGGCCGUCAUGUCCCUCCUGGUCUCCUCCUACACCUUCCGUGAGCCUGCCUACGCCGUGCUGCUCGCCUUCCUGUCCGGCUGCGUCCAGCUAGCCAUGCGGUUCCUGUGCCUGGGGUUCCUGCUGGACUUCAUCUCCUGCCCCGUCAUCAAAGGUUUCACCUCCGCCGCUGCCAUCACCAUUGGUGUCGGGCAGAUCAAGAACCUGCUGGGACUGCAGCGCGUCCCCAGACAGUUCUUCCUGCAGCUGUACCACACCUUCCGCAGCCUCGGGGAGACCAGGGUGGGCGAUGCUGUGCUGGGGCUGGUCUGCCUGCUGCUGCUGCUGCUGCUGCGGCUGAUGCGGGCCCACGCGCCCCCCGUGCACCCCGACACGCCCCCCGGAGUGAGGCUCAGCCUCGGGCUGGUCUGGACGGCCACGACCGCCCGCAAUGCCCUGGUGGUCUCCGGCGCCGCCCUGAUGGCCUACUCCUGCGACGUGGCCGGGCACCGGCCCUUCGUCCUCACUGGGGAGGUGGUGCAGGGGCUCCCUGCGGUGCAGGCCCCCCCCUUCUCAGUGACCACGGCCAACGGGACGGUCUCCUUCACCCAGAUGGUCCAGGACAUGGGGGCCGGGCUGGCCGUGGUGCCGCUGAUGGGGCUGCUGGAGAGCAUCGCCGUGGCCAAGGCCUUCGCGUCUCAGAAUAACUACCGCAUCGACGCCAACCAGGAGCUGCUGUCCAUCGGCCUGACCAACGUUCUGGGCUCCUUCUUCUCUUCCUUCCCGGUCACCGGCAGCUUCGGACGGACGGCCGUGAAUGCCCAGUCGGGGGUGUGCACCCCUGCGGGGGGCCUGGUGACAGGGGUUCUGGUGCUGCUGUCGCUGGGCUACCUGACCUCGCUCUUCUACUACAUCCCCAAGGCCGCGCUGGCGGCCGUCAUCAUCAUGGCCGUGGCCCCGCUGCUGGACACCGGGAUUGCCUGCACGCUGUGGCGCGUGAGGAGGCUGGACCUGCUGCCCCUGAGCGUGACCUUCCUGCUCUGCUUCUGGGAGGUGCAGUACGGCGUCCUGGCGGGCACGCUGGUGUCCCUGCUGGUCCUCCUGCGCUCCGUGGCCAGGCCCGGCGUGCAGGUGUCUGAGUGGCCGGUGCUGGUGGUGCAGCCGGCUGGCGGCCUGCACUUCCCCGCUGUUGAGGCCCUGCGCGAGGCCGUGACGAGCCGGGCCCUGGGAGUGUCCCCACCGCGCUGCGCGGUCCUGGAGUGCAGCCACAUCUGCAGCCUCGACUACACGGUGGUGCUGGGGCUCCGGGAGCUGCUGGAGGACUUCCGGCGGCAGGGCCUCACCCUCGCCCUCGUCGGCCUGCAGGAGCCCGUGCUCCAUGUCCUGCUGUCCGCUGACCUGAAUUUCCAGCACUUCCCCAGCCUGGAGGAGGCAGAGAAAUACCUGAGUCAGGAGCCGGGCACCCAGCCCCACAGCUUCAGCGACGACCCUGUCCCGGAGCCCUCGCUGCCCUGCUGAAGGCCGGAGCGCCCGAGGGCAGGGCGGCCGAAGGUUCUCCUGCGAGGCCGGACGCUGCGCUGGCCGGAGGGUCUGCGGAAGCUGCAGCGGGACCCGGAGGAAGGACAUGGCCCCACUGGUUCCCCCCGGGACGAUGGAAGCUUGCCCUCCUGCCGACCUGGGGCAGAGCCCUUGUUUGGAGAGAGACUUCUAGAAAGACAGACCCCAGGCUGUCAGCCUGGGCCAGGAAGGGUCCCCGCAGCCCAGCCCCUUCCUGGCUUGGGGGGCGGGUGGGGCGCAUCUGCCGGGGGUGCUGUUCCCCGCCCCCCUUCGGCCCCGGCCCCCUGCCGUUCUGGGAGGAACAAAGUGUGCCAAUGGCCUCGUGUCUGCUGAAGGGCGGUGAGGCUGCACAGUGAAUUUUCACUGUAGUUGUUAAUCCUCAUGGGAAGGUAUUUUUCCAUUGAUUUUUAGAGCAAGCGGAAGGGAAGGGGAGAGGCAGAGAAACAUCGCUGGGUGCCUUCCACGCGCACCCCGACCGGGGCCGGGGAUGAGCCUGCAACCCAGCUGCGCUCCUUCACUGGAGUCCAGCCGGGACCCUUCUGUCCACGGGCCGACACUGUCCGCGGGGCCAAACCAGCCCGGGCACGUUUGCGCGUUUGUUUUUUAAUUAAAAAAAGUAAUAACCUUCA